CGCAGCGCCUCAUGAGCCGCCGCAGUGCGCAGUUUUCGACUUUGUACAAAAGCCACGUAUAGUAUUUCAUCGAUGAUCAUCGACUCUCAGUCAAACAUGGUGGUGAAGCAUUCUGCAGAUAACCCACCUUCCUACGAAUACAUCGCAGCCCAGACUAAUUCAAAUGAGCAGCCUACAAUGUCUGACAAGGCUGCGAACUCACCGGUGCAGCUGCCUUCAAUACCCCCUAACACUGUGAUGGCCGUUCACACUCGUCCUGCGCCUAAGAUGCAGCAACCCACGGUCUACCACUAUCAGAAUCCCUUGACUGGUGAAAAUAUAGCCUCGCUGCUGCCCCCAGACCACCCAGAAAUGAUAUGCUUGCAGCAAGGGGGACAUGUAAAUGAAACCAAGUUUGGCAUUCUAGGUAUUUUGGCCGCAAUAGUUUGGUUCCCAUUGGGCAUUGGUCUUUGCCUUCUUGACCGGAGAGUCAAGUGCAAGCGCUGCGGGACGAUGAUAGAUAACGGUAUUUUGUGCGGUUAAUGAGUAUUGUAUAUGGCAUUCGGACAGCUUCCUCUCUAUUCUUGUGGACUUAUGCAACGCGUGGAUAUCUUCUCCUCCUCGUCAUUCUACGUCUUCAUCUUUAUAUCCCAUGUCCGUAGUUUUCGCUCCUUGUAGCUUGAUGUGCUUCCAUUAUAUGUAGAUUAACAUUUGUCGGAUGGACGGUAUCUCUUUAAAUGUGUCGCCAGCUCACUUGUCCAGGCCUCGUCAAAUCUUAGGUGUUUCAGUAAGUAGGUAGAUGACGGGAGCCUUACACCCGAUCGCUUGUGCUGCAAUUCUUCUUGUUCACACUGACUCGGAGGACGGGCGCACAGCUAUGGAGUAUACAUGUAGGCUCCCUAAGGUGACCAUGGUCGCACCAGAUGCAUCAUUUGCAGAUAUAAAUCUUCUACAC